GGGAACGAAUUCCAGUGCACCGUCUACAACGCCCAUCUCACCACCUCACUAACGCUCAGCUUGACUCGUAUUUGUUAUGCCUUUCGAAGGCGACCCACUAGCCCUCUAUGGCAAAAACAUUAUUGAAGAUUAUCAUGCCUCCCUCACUGCCAAGCUCCCUCAGCUUGACACCGACAAAACCGAUUUCUUUGACAUUUCCGAUGAAUCACUGCGAUUUUUCCCUGAGAAAAAGGUCGGAAUCUUGGGCGCCGGUGUCGGUGGCCUUUAUACUGCGUUGAUACUGGACUCCCUGGAUGUCGAGUACGAGAUCCUAGAAGCUUCAGACCGCAUUGGUGGCCGUCUUUCCACUUAUAAAUUCCCCAGAGGAAAUAUGUAUGACUACUACGAUGCUGGAGCUAUGCGUUUCCCCCUUCCGAAGAAGGAUGCACAGGGACGGUACAAGAAUGGGAUCAUGAAGAGCCUGGCCGAGUUGAUCAUCUAUCCGCCGCUGAAUCAAGGUUUAGAUCGGCUCUCGGACAGGCUUAUACCCUACUAUUACAAGGCUCGCGAAGGUCCCAACUUGAAACCGGGCUUCUACUACUUCAAUGGUGUCUACCAACCAGUUUCAAAAGAACCCAAGGGACCUUUCCGUGGUGAAGAGAUGGGUGUGGAUGCUGAUUAUAUUAAAGCGGGAGCGGAUGCUAUCAGCAGCGAUGUCACUAAACCGUUUGUCAGGAUGCUCAUAGAAGACCUCAAGCAUGGCGUGAAGAAAGGCUGGAAGGUGAUGAAGGAGAAUGACUCAUAUUCUAUCCGCGCAUAUAUGGCGUCUAAGUACCUCCCCAGUGCUAACCUUGAACUUCCUCCACAACAUCUUCCCAACGACGUCAUCAACUGGUGUGGGCUUCUUGGUAGCAGUAGCGGGGGGUAUAGCCACGCGUUGACGGAGUCGGUAUUUUCGUCGUUGGCUUUCGCCAAGGUUGGUGGAACAGACUUUGGUGACGUUGAUUGGAAGUGCUUUGAUGGUGGAUCGGAGGUCCUGCCGAAGGUGAUGGCAAAGGUUAUCAACGAAAAAAAGAGGGACCGCAUCCAUUUCAGCAAGAGAGUCACGGCUAUACGUCUCAGUGACUUAAUUAUCAUUCUCCCCUCCAAAUUUCCAGAGCAUGAGAUUCCCUCCGUGGCGGAGGAACUAGAGAAUUACUCUGGCUCUGGAGACCUUGUUGCCGAUGCAUCCGAGAUCAUUAGUGACCCUAGACGCAGAAAGAAGGUUAUCAUCCUCCGUGGGGCUGGUGUCAAGGUCUCAGUCAACAGCGAAUCGCGUGUCUACUCGCAUGUCAUAUCUACCCUCCCUCUUCCCGUACUUCGCACGAUAGACAUGGGGGGCGCAGAGAUGAAUACCAUGCAGAAGAACGCUCUGCGUCAGCUCCAGUACGGUCCUUCCGUCAAGAUUGCUAUACUCUUCAGGGAGCCGUGGUGGACAACCAAGCUAGGCAUUGUCGGCGGGCAAUCAUUCACGGAUCUCCCCAUUCGCACCAUCGUCUACCCGUCUUAUGGCGUCGAUUCUAAUGCUAAAUCCAGGGUGCUCAUGGCGAGCUACUGCUGGACGUCUGAUGCGGAUCGCCUUAGCUCUCUUGCUUCCCCAGAACAAAAAGAUCGGCUGAAGGAGCUCGUGCUUCGCAAUCUCGCAGAGGCGCAUGAACAUGCAGGUCCACCUGGUGUCCGUAUCACGUACGACUUCCUGCAGGACCAAUUCCUUGACAUGCAUGUCAAGGAUUGGAGCCACGAUCCACAUGCAAUGGGCGCAUUCGCGUACUUCGGUCCUGGUGACUUCCAAAAUUUGUACACCUCCCUCACUUACCCCGCGGCGAACAAACGUUUGCACUUCGCGGGAGAGGCGAUGAGCACUCGUCAUGGAUGGGUUGUCGGUGCGCUUGACAGCGCCUGGAGAGCUGUACACGAAUAUCUUAGUGUCACAAAGCAAGACGAUAAAAUGAAGAGAUUCAAGGAAUUGUGGGGCGAAAAUGUGGAGUGGACGAGUCCGCCGGGACAAUUCAAAGAUGACCAGUCUAACUUACUUCACGAACACCUUGGACUGAUUCAUCAAGCUAUCCUUGCAGGAGAGAUUCGACAUGCCGGUUAGUAAAAUCCAAGCGCCAUAGCGCGCACGUAGGUUUGGCGCCCGUACCAUGAAUAACAUGUACCCAGUACUCUUGAUUCGGACAGGAACAGCUAGCUUCUCG